UAAUGUGUGGUUGGUUCUCAUUUCAGUGAAUUGGUCAUAUCGUAUGCUCGACACUUAGAGAAGAGGCACGAUAUGCUUCUUGAUAUGCUGUUUGACCAAGGAACCUACACGAAACUCUAUAGCUACCGUCAUUUGAUCAAUGGAUUUGCAGUCCACAUUUCACCCCAGCAGGCGGAAAUACUUGGACGAGCACCCGGAGUGAAGUCUGUGGAGAGAGAUUGGAAAGUCAAGAAACUCACAACACACACUCCACAGUUUCUUGGGCUUCCAACUGGAGUAUGGCCCACUGGAGGGGGGUUCGAUCGAGCUGGAGAGGAUAUAGUAAUAGGGUUUGUUGAUUCCGGAAUAUACCCUCAUCAUCCGAGCUUUGCAACACAUAAUACCGAUCCUUACGGACCUGUUCCAAAGUACACUGGCAAAUGUGAGGUGGACCCCAUCACAAAGAGGAACUUCUGUAAUGGGAAGAUUAUCGGAGCUCAACAUUUUGCGGAAGCUGCUAAAAUCGCCGGUUCAUUUAAUCCGGACAUUGAUUUCGAUUCUCCGCUUGACGGUGAUGGACAUGGAAGUCAUACAGCAGCGAUUGCAGCUGGUAAUAACGGGAUUCCGGUAAGGAUGCACGGAUUUGAAUUUGGGAGAGCUAGUGGAAUGGCACCACGCGCGAGGAUCGCUGUGUACAAGGCGCUCUACAGAAUGUUCGGUGGGUUUGUUGCAGAUGUUGUUGCUGCCAUCGAUCAGGCUGUUCAUGAUGGUGUGGAUAUUUUGAAUCUUUCGGUGGGACCCAAUAGUCCUCCAGCUGCUACAAAGACGACGUAUUUGAACCCUUUCGAUAUUACUCUUCUCUCGGCUGUUAAAGCCGGAGUCUUUGUUGCACAAGCAGCUGGAAAUGGAGGUCCUUUCCCCAAAACCAUGCUCUCGUACAGUCCAUGGAUAGCUACCGUAGCUGCUGCAGUUGAUGAUCGGAGAUACAAGAAUCAUCUCACCUUGGGGAACGGAAAAAUCUUAGCUGGACUCGGAUUGUCUCCUGCCACGCAUGCGAAUCGAACGUUCACAUUGGUUGCGGCUAAUGACGUGCUGUUGGAUUCAUCGGUGGCCAAGUACAGUCCAUCUGACUGCCAAAGGCCCGAAGUUCUGAACAAGAAUCUUGUGCAGGGGAAUAUUCUUCUCUGCGGUUAUUCAUUCAAUUUUGUAGUUGGCACUGCUUCGAUCAAGAAAGUAUCCGAGACUGCAAAGGCUCUUGGUGCCGUUGGAUUUGUACUAGCCGUUGAAACCGCUUCUCCGGGAACUAAAUUCGAUCCCGUUCCUGUUGGUAUUCCAGGAAUCCUCAUCACCGAUUGUAUCAAAUCAACGGACCUUAUAGAUUACUACAACGCCUCGACACCUAGAGAUUGGACCGGUCGAGUGAAGAGGUUCGAGGCUGUAGGAAGUAUAGGCGAUGGGCUGAGGCCUAUACUCCAUAGAUCUGCACCACAAGUAGCAAUAUUCUCUGCUAGAGGACCUAAUAUCAAAGAUUACAGCUUUCAAGAUGCAGAUCUUCUUAAACCCGAUAUUCUAGCUCCUGGCUCGUUAAUUUGGGCUGCUUGGGCUCCGAACGGAACUGAUGAAGCAAAUUACGUCGGGGAGGGAUUUGCAAUGAUAUCAGGAACUAGCAUGGCUGCACCUCAUAUAGCAGGAAUAGCUGCUCUCGUGAAGCAAAAGUACCCACGGUGGAGCCCGGCUGCUAUCAAAUCGGCUCUGAUGACUACAUCGACCACCCUCGAUCGAGCAGAGAGACCACUUCAAGCCCAACAAUACUCGAGCGAAGAGACUCUUUCUUUCGUACCUGCAACACCGUUCGAUUAUGGGAGUGGCCAUGUCAACCCCAGAGCAGCUCUCGACCCCGGACUCAUUUUCGAUGCAGGAUACGAAGACUACUUGGGGUUCUUGUGCACCACACCCGGAAUAGAUGCACACGAGAUCAAGAACUACACAAACAUCCCAUGCAACUACACUCUAGGCCAUCCGUCGAAUCUCAACAUGCCCUCGAUCGCGAUUUCACACCUCGUUGGAACUCAAACCGUCACACGAACCGUGACGAACGUUGCUGGGGAAGAAACGUACGUGAUAUCAGCCAGAAUGGCGCCAGCUGUCGCCAUCGAAACCGAUCCUCCGGCAAUGACUCUAAGACCAGGUGCAUCACGGAGGAUAACUGUCACCCUCACGGUCCGUUCGGUCACGGGGAGCUACAGCUUCGGUGAGGUAUGGCUGAAAGGGAGUCGAGGCCACAAGGUGAGGCUACCUGUUGUAGCUAUGGGCUACGAUCGAUAAGUUGGUGAACUUUCUUUUUCGAUCGGUGUCGAAUAAUAAUAAUACGCAUAAUGCUGGGAUCGGACGUAUUUUCGUCCGAAAAAAAAAAUAUAUAUAUAAAUAUAUAAUCGGGAAACGAUGUAAAGAUAUAAGUAGUGUGAGGGGGGAGACUUGUAGUCUCUUCCCAAUGCUAUUAAGUUUUGACUUUAGUUGUAUGGCAUGGUGGAAUUUCUUGUUUUCGCCAUGGCAGUGUAACAGUAUUAUUAUUAUUAUUUAUUACAGCCUUCUUUUGCUGUAAAUUUUUUUUUUUUUGUUACUGGAUAUGUAAUAAUAACUAUUUAUAGUAGUUGAAUCAUAUUCCAUCUGUUCUAUAUGUGAAAACAAUAUAUGUUUAUUCUUU